AUGCUCCCUGCUGACCAUAAGCCUAACCCAGAGAUUGAGGUACUCUGGGAAGACCAGGAACGUAUUAAUACUUUCAGCAAACUCAACUCACGUAUCCGUGUACUGAAAGACCGUCUCAAGACACAUGAACAAGAAAAGGAAUACCUGAGUGACGUGGAAAUGGAGCUUGAAUUACUUGAUGAGGAUGAUCAGGUUCAAUAUAAGAUUGGAGAGGCGUUCAUCUACCUUUCACAAGAAGAAGCAUUGGAGCGACUCCAAAGAGAUACAGAAAAUGUCGAUAAGCAGAUUCAAGAAGAGGAACAACAAAUUGGAGAGACUGCCCAGCAAAUGACGGCUCUCAAGGGAUUACUUUACGGGAAAUUUGGCAAUGCAAUUAAUUUAGAAGCUUAA